AUGUCUCAGGAAGGUGUGGAGCUGGAGAAGAGUGUCCGGCGCCUUCGAGAGAAGUUUCAUGGGAAGGUAUCCUCCCAAAAAGCGGGGGCGCUGAUGAGAAAGUUUGAUAGAGACCACACAGGAGUGGGGCGCUCCAUCGUUUACGAGGUAAAGCAGAAAGAUGGACAGGAACUGAGUAACGACCUACCGGCUCAGGACCCACCUGAGGCCAUGAAGCAGGACCAAGACAUCCAGUCGGUGGCCGCCUCGCUCAUGCCACUGACAGCAGCCAACCUACGCAUGUUCCAACGGGCUCACAACGACCUGAUCCCCGCCGUGGACCGGCAGUUCGCCUGCCCCUCUUGUGACUAUGUCUGGUGGCGCUGUGUACCCAAGCGGAAGGAGGUAUCCCGAUGCCGGAAAUGCUGGGAGCACUAUGACCCGGUGCCAACUGACAAGAUGUGGGGCCUGGCUGAGUUCCACUGCCCGAAGUGUGGGCACAAAUUCCGGGGCUGGGCACAGAUGGGGUGCCAGUCCCCCUGCUACAGGUGCGGCUUCCUUGUGUUUCCGACGCGGAUCCUGCCCCCACGUGUGGACGGAGACACACAACGUCGCAGCACCCACACCCAUUCCUGCUCGGCUGCCGACUGCUACAACCGACGAGAGCCCCAUGUGCCUGGGACAUCCUGUGCACACCCCCAGAGCCGGAGACGGAACCACCUGCCCAAAGUCCUCCACCCCAGCAACCUUCACAUCAGCAGUGGCUCCACCGUGGCCACCUGCCUGAGCCAGGGGGACCUCCUGGACGACCUGGAUGACCUCAUCCUAGAGGACCUGAAGGAGGAGGAGGAAGAGAAGGAGGAGGAGGAGGGUGGGCAUGGGGCGUGA